ACAGAACUCUUUUGUUCUCAGCGGUGAAUGAAACAAGUUAUUUUACGACACCCGAACCUGAUGUUUCUGGAAUGGAGCCAACAACAAUCGCCUCUGAAACAACAACCGGUGUCAUGGCACAACCAGUCGAUGAGGGGGAGGUCCGUCUGGCGAAUGGUGCAAACAGCUCCUGCUCCAGCAGAGUGGAAAUCUUCCAGCGCGGACAGUGGGGAACAGUGUGUGACGACAACUGGGACCUGAAGCAUGCACAAGUGGUGUGCAGACAGUUGGGCUGCAGCAGGGCCCUGGCAGCCCCACUUCAUGCUCACUUUGGAGAGGGCACAUGGCCCAUUUGGCUGGACGACGUCAGAUGCACCGGAAGUGAAGCAAAGCUGGGAGAGUGCCAUCACUGAGGGAUUGGGUCGCACGACUGUGGUCACCACGAGGAUGCUGCAGUGUUUUGUGAAGGUAGCUUCUUACCUUCACACCUUAUUUGUGGUCCUGACAAAAUCCAAGUGGGCCUGAAUUCGGUUAGCACAACAAGUGAUGGUUACAACCCAGUUUCUGGCAACCUGGCAGUCCACAACUGUUCCUGGGUCAGGGUGCAGAGUGGCAUCAUUGUGUGGUACGAGGCCGACACUAAGGCAGAUGCCUGCGGAAACACGCUGACGGUAAGAACAAAACAAAACAAAAAACACUACACCUUCACACAUCUGUCUGGUGGGUCUCUUGUUGUGCUGUCUUUUGUGAUGCUCAGGACUUUGAGGAUUUUGUUUGGAAUGCAAAAUUUUCAGACAGUACUCUUUCUUGACAGUCUGGAAGGUGCUAUUGUCAGGUCGGUUGACAAAGCCAGAGCCUCCAUGGUCUUGUUCCACAACUCCAAUUACACAGAGCCUUAUGCAGCGGGUGCAGUUUUCCUUCCAGUGGGCUCACCAUUGUAUGUGGGGGUCUCUGUGGACAAAAGUGAUCCCAGCUUGGCACUUGUUUUGGAAGAUUGCUUUGCUUCCCACUCCCCAAACCCUGCAACCGCUGAGCGAUACUCUCUCAUCCACAACAAAUGUCCCGCUGAUCGCCAACAAGUGUCGGUGGUCGAGAGUGGCUCUUCGCUUCGGGCUCGUUUCGCUGCCCUCUUCUUCUUGCUUCAGGCAGAAUACCGAGAUGUUUACCUCCACUGUAGUCUCAGCCUGUGUGACUGCAGGAGGCACUCUUGCAUUCCGACUUGCACAAGGAGGGCACAUCGCUCUGUCUCAGACUCUGCCCCAAUGAAGCCAGUCACCAUUGGCCCAAUCACUUGGAAUAAAUCAUCUGAAUGACAUCCACUAAAAAAGAAUGACCUGGUUCGGAGGUUUGACCAUUCAGAAGUCAAACACAGGCAACAAAUCAUUCACACUUUGAUUCAAACCUAUGAGUAUUUCAUUAACCGAAGAAAGUUUUCGAGAUGUGACGGUGGGGGCAGGUGUGACUGGAGAAUCCGGAGAAGAUCCACUCAAGCAUGAGGAGAAAAUGGAAACUCCACACAGAGAUGUUUCAACAUAGAUUGGAUUCGGACGUCCUCAGUGUGAGGCAGAAGGGUUGAGCACAAAGGUCUUUGAAAGCAACUAAUAAUAAUCAACAAAUCAUCUUCAAAAUAAAGGAUACAAUCAUUUUGAAAA